CCAGUAUCUUUUCUGCAUUUGUCAAACGUAUCUCGAUACUCGUGGAGUGAUGAUCUGCAUCGAUUGUCUGCAUAUGAAUCUUAAUCGAAUGCUGUUACUCGCGGUUGGCCUGUGGCCUUAUCAACAAUCGAAACUUGUCCAAUUUCAAUUAAUCUUAUUUUUUACCAUUUUGAUAACUUGUAUAAUAUUUCAGUUUACAACAUUUGCAACAUCAAAAUGUACUUCUAGUCUUCUCAUCAACGUUUUUUCUUCUGCAUUAUUUUAUAUUUAUUUUCUUAUUCUGUAUAGUUGGUUUCAUAUUAAUAUGGAAGUUGUGAAGUGUUCGUUGGAACAAUUGCAAAACAUGUAUAAUGAGCUAACGGAUAAGAAUGAAAUCACUAUUAUAAAAAAGUACGGUAACUAUGGAAAACGCUACACAGCUGGAUUAAUAUUGACUGUUGUAUUCUUUGCACCGAGUCUAGGUUUGUAUCUACAUUGGCCAUAUCUUGUCAAUCGUUUAUUACCUAUAAACGAUUUUCGAUCACGUUCUUCUCUGUUUGUUACCGAAUAUUUUAUCGAUCAAGAAAAAUAUUCCUAUUUAAUUUUAUUCCACACACUGACGGCUCUAUUCAUAGGAAUAAUCACAAUAAUAGCGACAGGAACAUUAUUUAUAGUCUAUGCACAUUAUGGCUGCGGAAUGUUUCGAAUCACAAAAAUUGUUUGCAGUUAUCGUAUCGAGCAAGUAAUGGCAAUCGAUACUUUACAAAAAAAGAGUAUUCUACGAAACAAGAAUUUGAUUUACAAGAAAUUAAUUCGUGCUGUGGAUAUGCAUCGCGAAGCUAUGAGAUUCUCAGAAUCAUUCGUAUCUAAAUUUAAAGUGAUGUUCUCCUGCCUCAUAGCAAUUGCAGUCGCAAGCGCAAGUCUCAAUCUUUUUCGAAUUUCACAGGCACUUUCAUUCGGAAAUAAUGUAGAUGAACUUUUAUUUCCCUUGAUAACCGUGGGCAUUUAUAUAGCGUAUAUAUUAAUAGCCAACAUUAUGACGCAAAAAAUUAUGGAUUAUAAUAAUAAUGUGUUUGAUACUGCAUACAAUAUUCAGUGGUACGCAGUUUCUCUAAACGUACAAAAGAUGAUACUGUUCUUAUUGCAAAGAGGUACCAAAGUUUUUAGUUUAAAUAUUGCUGGAUUGUUUGUGGGAUCAUUAGAAGGUGCAGCCAAGUUAUUGAGUACCAUGAUGUCAUUCUUCACUGUUCUGUAUUCUACGCGAGUUUGACGCAAGAUGUGUCGAUUAAUAGUUUAAUCAAUCAAUAGGAAAAAAAAAUAGUUAAUUAGAUACAAGUGAUAUUAAUUCCUCAGAACACUUAAUUGAUCGAAUUAAACUUUAAGAGAUAAUGUAUAAUUGCUCAGGAAAUAAAAAUCAUAAAAAU